AUGAGGCCCGCUCCUGCCCUUCCUAGACACCACGCACAGGAUAAUACCCCCCGUGCCGUCAAGGGUCGCGAGUUUGCCGUCACAAAGAAGCUUGCUGUGCCAACCACCACCACCGCGCCUACUGCAAUGCCCACGAGUCCUUCCAGCGCUGCAUCGUCUAGCCACCCCCUCUCUGGCACUGGCUACGACGGCGUCAAAGAGCGGGCCACCUCUGCCGGCGACAACGGUUCUCCCGGUAGCCUUGGCUGUAACAUCGCAGGGAUCCCGCGCAUUGUUAUUUCCGAUUACGACUACACCAAGAAAUUAUUCAGCGCGGACAGCUCGGAACAGGCCUGUAUAAGUUGCAAGAAGGUUGGUCCUGACGGUGGCAUCGAGGGCUCCCUUGAGGGCGGCCAGGCCAUCAGCUUCAACAUCGGGGAUGGCUGCGGAGCCCACGCCGAUGUCGAGGGUAACCGCCAGAUUGACUGCUCGUGCGGCGAUAGAAAAGUUCAUUUGCCCUCAUUUGACCGCUUCGCCGACACCUCGGUCAGUGCUGACGCAUUUGGACUACCUGUGAGGAUACCUGCAAGAUGUCGUAUCACUAUCGCCGGGUUAUGUGCAUCGGGGUCAAAGGUUCUUCACUGUGACAACAAUGCAUGCGACUUGGUGACGUACGCAAACUAUGAUAAGUCACACGACAAAACAAAAUUCAUCAUCAAGCCUUUUGACGUACUGAUGUCCUCCAUGUUGAUCAGAAGGGAUGAUGGUACUCAUGGCCUUGCUGACGCAUACGAACUUUCUAUUGAGUUGGAGGUAGAGAACGAAUGGCCCUCGUUCAACGUUUUCCAAUACGAACAUGCUAGCUCUAGAAGCAACCUCAUCCUUGAAAGUCGCUUCCAGAACAUAGUCGACAUGCCUGGGACAAUUCUCGAGCGGACAGCACCAUUGGAAAUACGAGGUCGCAAGCCAGUGGGUUCAGCGGAGUUCCUCACUGUCAAGCUAUCCUGGUUAUGUCUUGACAAAGAUCCGGGACUUCGAAUUGAUACCGAUCUAUCCGAACGAUACGGAAGGUAA